CAACACUGGCACGUGACCAAAUUUGACCAAUAUUUGUUUUCUCCGGAAGUUGAUUACAAGUUGAAGGUCGCAAUGAUAAGCUAGGUAGUUACCUUAACUAAAUUAGUAAAUAACAGAGGAAUGUUUAGCACAAAGGAACAACUUUCAAAGAGAACUGGACCACAUGGGAUUGGACGGUUUAGCUAUUUACAAGCUCUUGUAACUGAAUUUCAGGAAACAGAUAGUCUUGAGAGCAAGCAAGAAGUUUUAGCAAAUUUGGGAAAUUUUGCUUACGACCCAGUGAAUUAUGAGUACAUCAGAACCUUGAAUAUCAUCGACCUUUUCCUUGACUGCCUGGAGGAAGAUGAUGAGAAGUUGGUGGAGUUUGGUAUUGGAGGACUCUGUAAUCUUAGCUUAGACAAAAUCAACAAAGAAGAAAUCUUGAAAAAUAGUGGAGUCAAGCUUGUGAUGAAAUGUCUGUCUAGCCCCAAUGAGGAGACCGUUCUGUCUGCCAUCACCACCCUGAUGUACCUCGCGACUCCGGUAUCUAGGGCAGAAAUAACAGCCCUACCUAUCGUAGAAUGCAUGCUGAGGUUCUCAGAAUCUACAAACCCAAGGCUGAGUAACCUCGCAAAGGUUUUUCUGGAGGAUUACUGUGACAAAUCACAGAUUGAGGCAGCCAAGCAGGUCCAGGAACGCAUGGGAACUUAAAACUCAAUCCAAUCAAAGCCUUCACACUAAAGGAAGGGACAUAACUCCUGAUAUCACAAUGAUACAUCCAAUCCAAAUAUUCGUAUCUGUGUGGACAAGGUGCAAGAGGAAAAUCCACUCUGAUACUGAGAGAUGGAGAAAAUAUAGAGCUUUUCAUGGAAUCUGGUGCUUGUUCCAACAUUAAGUGUACUCUAUAAGAAAUAUCAAACUACUGAACGAGAAGCACUAUUAAUACAGAGAUACCGGUAUUGAGGAAUCUAACAAAAGACAGUAGAUAUUAUAGACACCUACUGAACACAAGUAUUGUGGAAUCAUCAUUAUUCCUGGGGGACCAGUGUUCGUGGUUUUCGUGGGUCACCUUGACCCACGAAUUUACAUCCUCUUGAAUGUAUAUACAAACAUUUGUUUUAUUAUUCAUUAAAAGUUUGAAAAAGAAAUACUGAGUAUAACUUGUUAUCAACGAAAUUGCGUCCCCACGAACCAGGAAAUUUUUGGUUACCCACGAACAUUGGCCCGCACGAAUAAAACUGAUUCCACACUAUGUUCUUUAAGACUGAAGAUGAUUGUUGUGUUUCUUUGUAACCUUUUCACGUUCAUGUAUACAUAUCCUUGUAUAUCUUCAUAAAAUUUUGACACCUGUUGUGGUUGAAUCUUGGCACAGAUGCAAAAUUAAUUAAAAAUUGUUUUGAUCAUUAAAAGUAUCAAGU